CAUCAGGAUAUUAAAUACCAGGGAUUUUUUUUCCUUCCCUCUGCACGAAAAAAAAAAAAACACAAGCAAAAUGGAAAAGUCAUUGUGCGUAGUGGCUUUGGUGCUCUUUCUUGGGCGUUUUAUAUGUGGAGCUGAAACAACUACACAGAGUUUUUCUUUUUUAUCCAACUAUACGACCCCUUCUUCAGUAAAGUGGACGCAGGCUGUGAUUGUGGAGGAGCAGAGCAGAGACAGAGUGACUCCAACAGCAGAAACAAGACGGCACAGCAAGACCGUAACAGAGGAGCAGCCCAACUCCACAAAUGUCAAUGAAGGCAACAAGGGAAUAAAAGAAGAGGAGUUAAAAGACAAAGAAGAUCACAAAAUAAAAGAUAAGAAAAUAAACUUGGACUGCCCUCCCCUCGGCCUGGAGUCAUUGAGAGUUGACGACAGCCAGAUCCGGGCCUCCUCCUCCCAGCGAACAGGUCUGGGUCCUCACAGAGGGAGGCUGAACAUCCAGUCAGGCAUUUCAGAUGGAGAUCAGUACGAUGGAGCCUGGUGUGCUGAGUUUAAGGACAAGCAUCAGUGGAUUGAAGUGGAUGCCAUUCAUCUGACCCUGUUUACUGGAGUCAUCCUGCAGGGCAGAAACUCUAUCUGGAGUUGGGACUGGGUUGAAUCCUACAAAGUUCAGCUGAGUAAUGACUCUGUGGACUGGCAGACCUGCAUGAAUGGAACAGAAGAGGCGAUAUUCAAAGGUAACCAGGAUCCAGAGACUCCGGUUCUUGGGCUCCUUCCGGUUCCCACUGUCGCCCGUUUCAUCCGCAUCAAUCCUCAAACCUGGUACUUCAAUGGGACCAUCUGUCUCAGGGCUGAGAUACUUGGCUGCCGCGUCCAUGAUCCAAUGGAUCCAUACCAGCAAGAAAGAGGAUCCAGGGAUAACCUGGACUUUAGACACCAUGACUACAAAGAAAUGAGAAAGCUCAUGAAGUCUGUGACUGAGGAAUGUCCAGACAUCACCCACAUCUACACCAUAGGCAAAAGCUACAUGGGCCUCAAACUGUACGUCAUGGAGAUAUCAGACAACCCUGGGAAACAUGAACUCGGUGAACCAGAGUUUCGCUACGUGGCAGGGAUGCAUGGAAACGAGGCACUGGGUCGAGAGCUCGUCUUAAACCUCAUGCAGUAUUUAUGCAAAGAAUACAAAAAGGGCACACAGCGUGUCGUCCAGCUGGUUACAGAGACGCGGAUCCACCUUCUCCCUUCCAUGAACCCUGACGGAUAUGAAGUGGCUUAUGAGAAGGGCUCCGAACUGUCUGGCUGGGCUGAUGGGAGGUACAGCUUUGAAGGAAUCGAUCUGAAUCACAACUUUCCAGACCUCAACAACAUCAUGUGGGAUGCCCAGGAGAUCGCUGCUGAUGCAUCUAAAGUUUCCAACCACUAUAUACCCAUCCCAGAAUACUACACCCAGGAAGACGCCUUAGUUGCACCAGAGACACGGGCCGUCAUCAGCUGGAUGCAGGAUAUCCCCUUUGUGCUGAGCGCAAACCUCCACGGAGGGGAACUGGUCGUCACGUAUCCCUACGACUGCACCCGUGACUGGGCCCCCAAGGAGGACACCCCCACGGCAGAUGAUGCCUUCUUCCGCUGGCUGGCUACCGUCUACGCCUCGACAAACCUGGUGCUGGCCAACCCCGACCGCCGCAUCUGCCACUAUGAGGACUUCCAGAUGCACAACAACAUCAUCAACGGCGGGGCCUGGCACACGGUCCCCGGCAGUAUGAACGACUUCAGUUACCUGCACACCAACUGUUUCGAGGUGACGGUAGAGCUGUCCUGUGAUAAGUUUCCACAUGUCAGUGAGCUUCCAGUUGAGUGGGAGAACAACAAGGAGUCUCUUCUGGUUUACAUGGAGCAGGUUCACAGAGGAAUCAAAGGUGUCAUCAGAGAUAAGAUCAGCAAACAAGGAAUAGCAAAUGCCGUCAUUAAGGUGGAGGACCAUGACCACGACAUCAGAUCAGCUGCAGAUGGGGACUACUGGCGUCUGCUGAACCCAGGCGAAUAUAAGGUUAUCGUUUGGGCUGAGGGUUACUUCCCAUCUGUGCGUCGCUGCCGCGUUGGACAGCAGCCUCAUCCGACCAUCUGUGACUUCACCCUCACCAAAACACCCAUACAGAGGCUAAAGGAGAUCCGAGCCAAAGGAGAGAAGAUCCCAAAGGACCUCCAGCUGCGGCUUCGUGCUCUCAGGAUGCGUAAGCUCCGUGCCAGCACCAAAGCCAUCAAUCGCCGCAGAGAGAAUCAGCGGCAGCGAGCAAGGAGAGCUCGCUCCACCUGAGCUUGGUGGAAACCAGAGAGGACGAUGGGCUGAGGAAGCCUCUGAUGUGAUCUGGAAUAACGACUGAAACAGCUAAACGUUGCUUCCUUUUUUAAUAUAAAUUGUCAUAUAGAAGGAUCAGCUGUGCGGAUUAACAUAAACAGCACUCCCUCUGUUUAAAGUUGUUUUUCUUAACAGAAAUGGGUUCCUUUGCACCCCUUUCAAAUCACCUGUUUGCUUUGUCCAAAAUGUGAACAUUCUGGUCCUAUAAUUCAACACUACAGUUAAGGUUUGUGAGUGUAAUUUAAAAUGUGAAAUGUUUUAGGGGUGUAAAAGCUUUGGCAUGGAUUUACUUUAAAAAAUAUCCCAAAAUCCUGGCUAAGAGUUGAAGAAUUCAAUUAUUACUCUUACUGUUUUCUACACAAUCUAAAAUGUGAAUCUCUCUGUCAGCUGGUCUGAAGUAUCACAUUUUAUCAACUGUCUUUCAACUUAAUAAAAGCUCCCAAAUAAAUGUGA